CAGCUGUUUACUCGGCGUUGUGUGUGUGUGUGUAUUUUUUAGAGUAAGAUGGCGACGAAAAAAACGCGUCUUAUGUGAAAAAUGCAAUCAUAACAACUCCCGUUUUAUGCAAAUAAAUGUGCGCUAAUUUGAAACAGAAACAUUGAAAAAGCAGUGCUAAGCGAGUGCCGAGUGCUUUACAUGUGAAAGUUUUGGUGCGGACUGAAACACAACGGCAGCAUAGUGAAAAUGGCCACAAAUAUGUAUCGAGUCGGAGACUACGUCUACGUUGAGACAACGCCGAACAGUCCCUACUUAAUACGUCGCAUCGAAGAGCUAAAUAAGAACCAAACCGGCAAUGUGGAAGCGAAGGUCAUGUGCUUCUACCGGCGUCGCGAUCUGCCCAAUCCGCUCGUCCAGUUGGCCGACAAACAUCAGCUGGCCACCGCCGAGGACUCACCGCUGGCGACCAAGCUGAAGAAGACCUGGCUCCGCACACCCGUUGGCGAGGAGCAGGCCGCCCAAGCUGUCCUCGACCCAUCAAUAGCUGCCUUGGAUGAGGAGCGCACCAGCCCGACGCAAUCUUCCGGCGGAGCAGGUUCUGGGACGACUGGAAAUUCCGGCAAUAGUACCAACAGCGGCACCACCAACAACAACAGUUCUACUGCCAGUGGCGGUGGCGGUGGCGGAAGCGAUGCCGAAAAGGGUGAGGCGCUGACCAGCAAGCAGCGCUAUCAGAUCAAGCACCGCGAGCUCUUCCUGUCACGCCAAGUCGAGUCGAUACCCGCCACACAAAUCCGAGGCAAGUGCUCCGUCACGUUGCUCAACGAAACGGAGUCCCUGCAGAGCUAUCUCAAUAAAGACGAUACAUUCUUCUAUUGUCUGGUGUUCGAUCCGAAUCAAAAGACGCUGCUCGCAGACAAGGGCGAAAUCAGGGUCGGCAGCCGCUACCAGUGUGAUAUACCCGCCAAGCUCAAGGACACCGCCACGGACGAACGAAAGCUGGAGGAACUGGAAUCGCUGGUGUGGACGCCGGAGCACAGUCUGACCGAUCGCAAGAUCGAUCAGUUCCUUGUUGUCUCACGCUCCAUUGGAACUUUUGCCCGCGCCCUCGACUGCAGCAGUUCGGUGAAGCAACCUUCGCUCCACAUGUCUGCCGCAGCAGCCAGCAGGGACAUCACACUGUUUCAUGCAAUGAAUAUUCUUCACAAGCAUGAGUACUCGAUUGAGGAGGCCAUGUCCUCGUUAGUUCCUUCCACUGGCCCGGUGCUCUGUCGCGAUGAAAUCGAGGACUGGAGUGCUUCGGAAGCAAAUCUCUUCGAGGAGGCGCUGGACAAGUACGGCAAAGACUUUAACGACAUUCGACAAGAUUUCCUGCCUUGGAAAACGCUGAAACAGAUUAUCGAGUACUACUACAUGUGGAAGACCACCGAUCGGUAUGUCCAGCAGAAACGCGUCAAGGCCGUGGAGGCGGAACUGAAGCUCAAGCAGGUCUACAUCCCGCAAUACAACAAUAAUGGAAAGGGCAACGGAGCAUCCGCAAAGACAGGUAGUGGAAUCUACAAUGGCACCACCAAUGGGGGCACCGAUCUCUCCAACAAUGGCAAACCCUGCGAAUCAUGUGGCGCCACAAAAUCAUCACAGUGGAACUCGGUCAGUAGUGGACACAGUACGUGUCGUCUCUGUCAGAGCUGUUGGGAGUAUUGGCGAAAAUACGGCAGUAUGAAAUCGGCGACCAAGGGCGAUGGCAGUGACGGCGACUCCAAAAAGAAAGGAUCUGCGACUGCAACCACACCGACUGCUGCGGGAGCGGGUUCUGGAGGAACGCCGACCACUGUAGUUGACCUUAAUGACGAUGAAAAAAUCAGUGAUCUAACCAAUCGUCAGUUGCACAGAUGUUCGAUUGUCAAUUGCGGUAAGGAAUUUAAGCUGAAGACCCACCUAGCCCGCCACUAUGCACAAGCGCACGGCAUAGCCAUCAGCUCUGGAUCCCCACGACCCAUUAUGAAGACGCGCACGGCCUUUUACUUGCACACCAAUCCCAUGACCCGGGUGGCACGUGUCAUCUGCCGCAAUAUCGUCAAGCCGAAGAAGGCGGCGCGGCAGAGUGCGUACGCGAUUAACUCGCUGCUGGUGAAGCAAGAAUUUACGAAUCGUAUUAGUGGUAAAUCACAGGCGGAAAUAAAGAAACUGCUCCUGCUCAAGCCCAAGGAUCGCGGCAGCGUCACAAAGAUUGCCAAUCGAUUGGGUGCGCCGGGCAGCGGCCCGCACGAAUGGCUCGUGCUGACACCGAAGGAGAAAAUGCCCCAGCCGACUGUCGUCUCAUUCCCGAAACCCCCGAAAGCAGCUGACGGCAGCUUGGUCUACGACCGAGUGCCCAACAAGUCCCCCGACGUUGUGGCAGUGCCGGCUGAUAAGGAGCUCACCAUUAUUCCAACGCAAGCCACGUCAACGAUACGGAAGCGAGCGCACGAAGAGCAACUAAAUGGCACAGAAGUUACUAUAGUUCCCAGCGGACCGCCUGCCAAGCGACCGAAUAAGGACCCUAUGCCCUCGCAUUGUCCCAGCCCCGAGCAGUUUGCGGCCAUGAUGGCUGCAUCCGGACAACCGCUCUCCAGACAUCAUCUUAAUGGCAAACAAAAGAUUGCGCAGAUGGCACGCGGAGGAAACGGGCGAAAACAGGUCAUUAGUUGGAUGGAUGCACCGGACGAUGUUUAUUUUAGGGCCAACGAAACACACAAAAAAACGCGAAAAAUACUCUCUGCCGUGGAUCUGCGUCGUGCGGCGCGGAAACCAUGGCGCACACUGCCCAUCAAGCCUGCUGCCCCCGAGCCUAGUAGCAGGCCCAUUGAAUCACAAAUCGUCAUACUGGACUGACCGUCGCCGGCAGACAGAUCGGUAAAAUCAGCGUUAGCAGCAGUAGCAGCAACCAAGUUGUAUUCGUCUUCAGCAAACAGAUUCGAGCAGCAACAUCCUCCAUUUCCAUACACCAUGGAUGCACUGCUUAACUAGUAAGCAUUCUCUGGUUUAACGGGCUUGCCAUGUACAUACUAUACAUCAUAACCCGGAGCAAAAACAAACAAACACACCCAGACCGACCGACCGACAGACCGAGGCAUUCAACUUAGGAUCAGUGUAGUUACCAGCCGCACUGUAUGACAGCAAGAACCGAUAGCAGCCACAAAAAACCACUUUAUUAGCGCUUAAAUAGAUGUCUUUUUAAAAAGGAAAAAACAAAUAGUAAGAUAAUAAGUGUUAAGGUCUGUAGUAACAGUAAACAGAAUGUGGAAAAAACAAAAAACAAAACAAAAAAUAUUUAUAAAUAUUUUAUAUAAUUUUUUUAAAUUUAAAAUCUCAACACACCGAUCGCAAAAACAUACACACACUAAACUACACUUUUAAUUUAUGAAGUGUAGGCCUCAAAGCAUGAAACUCAAAUGUUCGUUCAUUUUUAAUAUAUAUAUCAUUUUUUUAAGCCUACACCACAGCAUUUGCAUUGGUUUUGUUCUUUUAAUAUAUAUUUGUGUGCAUGUGAGAGUUCUCGAGAUAUGUUUUCUGUCGUACUUUCCAAUAGCGCUUCAAAGUUCCACUUUCAAAUUCCUAAGCCUAUACCUAGCUAAGAACCAGAUACGUAAUUAUGAAAUUGAAAGGCCUCCGUAACUUUUAAAUAGUUUUCAGUCAAGAUUUGAAGAUUUGAAAAUGAAUUAUGAAAGUCAUAUAUCCGAUUGGAAUUGUUUGAAUGCUUUAAAAUUUAAUAAACUUGUUAAUAAAUGUGACGUGCAAAAUUAUAAGGAAAAAUUGUACAGUAAAAAGGGUAAAGCGUUAAAAUUCGAAUAAAAUGUAUUUUCAUAAUUUAUGUAAACAAUUGAAAGUUCAGUAAGCUAUCCACACAUCCAUACAUACAUACUUACCACAAAUGCCCCCCUCCCUCCUACAUAUAGCAUAUUAUUUACGCAUAUACAUUGAUAGGAAUCUAAGCCGCAGAUACAUUUAAAAAUGUAUGCAUGACAUGGUGUGUCAACUUCAUAGAUAACAGAGCGUGUCUAGGGGCGGAGAACCAGCAGAGGAACAUACAAUAUACACAGAAAACCAAUAAAAUUAUAUGAUUACGAUGAGGAUUCGAUUAUAAGCCAACAUAUUUUUAACUUUACGUAUUAAGCAAUUUUGUAAAAUAAAAAACUUCAAAUUAAAACAGUUAGUUAAGUGAGAAGAAUGGAUCGAAAGCUGCAACAAAAUUUGUCAAAUACAGUCCCCGAAAUUAUCAACAUGACCCCUGCUAAAGCCGCGCGAUUGUUCAAAAAAAAAAAAAAUUGAAUUGUUUUUAUUUCCCACACACUUACUAACUCACAUUUAAACAAGAAAGGAAAGCUAACUUCGGGCGGAGCCGAAGUUGAUAUACCCUUGCAGUUCAGUCGCAGUCCGCUAGGUGGCGCCACGCAUCUUAUAUUAUUACAUUUAUAGAAGAUCGUAUAUAGUCGGCCGAUCCUUAUGAAAUUUGGCAUAUUGAAUUAUUUUGCCCAAAGAGUAAUCUGUACCAAGUCCCAUCUUUCUAACUUAAAAAACACCAAAGUUAUGCCAAUUCCGACCGUUCUAUGACAGCUAUAGGAUAUAGUCGGCCGAUCCUCAUGAAAUUUUGUACACAAGAUAUUUUGGUCAAAUACAACAUGUGUGGAAAGUCCCAACCCUCUAACUUAAAAAACACCAAAGUUAUGGCAUUUCCGAUCAAUCAGUUAUAUGGCAGCUAUAGGAUAUAGUCGACCGAUCCCGGCCGUUCCGACUUAUAUACUACCUGCAAAGGAAAGAAGGGUGUGUGCAAAGUUUCAACUCGAUAGCUCCAAAACUGAGAGACUAGUUUGCGUAGAAACCGACAGACAGACAGACGGACAGACGGACAUGCUCAUAUCAACUCAGGAGGUGAUCCUGAUCAAGAAUAUAUAUACUUUAUAGGGUCGGAGAUGUCUCCUUCACUGCGUUGCACACUUUUGACCAAAAUUAUAAUACCCUCUGCAAGGGUAUAAAAAUAUUAGUUGUUUUUUUUAUGUACUUGCGACUUCAUGCAGCGAAAACAGCAAUAA